AUGACCCGCAAGCGCCUGAGUCUGUUGUGUCUUGUUGACGGUGACCCCAUCUCAAAAGCCUUUGAACUGGCCACACCAUCGGCAGACACUUUUAGGCAACUCAGAAGCACCAUCCAUCUCAGCAAGCCUAUCUGGUUUAAGGAUCUGGAAGCAGAGGAUCUUACCCUUUGGCACGUCUCGAUCCCCAUUGUGCCAGCCAACAAACACAGACCAAUUCUCCUGAACGAAUUUCUCGAGUCAGCGACAGAGCUCGACCCAAUAGACGAUGUUUCCGAUGUCUUUCCGAAGGCUCCGCCCAAGAAAACGAUUCACAUCAUCGUCCGGCGACCCCCGUCAGGCAAACUCAGAGUGGACAUCAAGAGGAUCACAGACGAGUUCUUCGCACCUGGACCAAUUGCUGACUUUCUCGUUGAAUAUGUGAAGGGCGAGGGACGUCUUCCAACCACAAGUGGGCCUAUUCGAGGUUUGCCAAGAGCAUGGCGUCGCACUUUCGGCAAGCCACCAGAGACACGACCCAGCCUGCUGUUCUUGGACCUGCCCGACCCUUCGACCCCUGACUCAGUGUCAAGGAAUCUUGCAUCGACAACUAUUUCGGAUAUGGUCGAGGAAAACACUCGCCUACAUAUCCCUGUGUUCGGGGUUUCCGGCUGUGGCAAAACCCGCGCUGCAAUCGAACUCCUGUUUCAGCAUUGGGGGUUCUAUUUCAAUGCCGCCGAUGACGACUGGGGAUCAGGUGACAUGAGCACCCUUCACUCUGUCGUCCAGAGGCACUUGGAUGAUACCCGAGACUCCACUACGGUUAACCGACAAGCCAACAACGCCUAUGCAAGAAAAACGACGAUGUUGCUCUUCUUCUCUCGGCUCCUCAUCUUCAAGUACUGUUUGAACGUUCCCGGCAGCAGUGAGACAUUUACAAGCGCAAGAUGGGCUCUCCUACAAGUGUGCCCGCAUGUGAUUUUCAAGGACAUAUUCAACAAGUUAUUCCGCCGAAUUGUCAAGCUUCGACGUUAUGGCGAGAGCGAUCUUUGGGAUGUGGUCUGCGACCUAUUCGACGAAACGAAACAGUGUCUUAUCGAAUAUGGAGGCCUACCAAAGGUCGAUGACGACACCAAGCUCCUAGUGAUCCACGAUGAAGCGCAGGUCCUCGACGUCGGCGGAGAUACACUCACACUCGUUACCUGUGGUACUGGCUUGAGCAUCAAUACUCUUUUCUGGGUUCAGAGCUCCGGCUCUGGUACGAAGGACAGCUCCACGAACUUUGAGCACAUGGAGUUUCCUGGAUGGACGGAUCUAGAGUCGAUCAAGGCUUACAUUUCUCGGUUGCGGAAGUGCCUGAUGGAUGAUGAGUCAAAGCUGGCUUUGGACGAGCAUCUUCCACAAGAGGCAGUCGACAUGCUGUUCGAAAAGUUGACGGGCCGCUAUCGCCCAGCCACAUUGGCGAUGGUUGAUAUCUUGGUCGCGCCGAGGCUCGUCCUCCGUCAAGUGGACCCUCUGUUGGUGGAGCGAGCCUUUGGUCGAAUCAAGAUCCUCCAUGGCCGAGCAGUCGUCGUGGUGGAUGAGCCGUUCGUGUCCAAAGCUGUGGAGAACUAUUUCGUCGCCACGGAUCCCUACUUCAAGAAGGAAGUGCGGCGGAUUAUGCGCUCCUCGACGGCCUCUGCUCAGGGAAGUGUGUUUGAACAAUUUAUGAUGAGCGUUUUCAGCGAAACGUUCACCAGGCGACCUCUAUCCGAGUGGCCACAUCAGCCUCCGAUCUCAAAGAUGUGCCCAGCUCUUGUCGGCAAGGUGGAGAUUGUUGGCUGGAGGGAACCUGGGGUCGAGCAAGGGACCACCUACAAGAAUGUUUCGAUGCAAGAGUUCAUGGACGCGCAUGUCAACCACCAGUCCGUUCAGAACAACAAAUCUGUCGCCCCAUUUUUUUUCCCCAAGUCCAAGCCCUCGGGGCCAGACAUGCUUUUCUUCAUCACAAUCAACGGCUGUAGACUGGUGCCAGUCUUCGUUCAGAUGAAACUGCAUCAAAGUUCGUCCACUUUCUCUGAGAAGGAUUGGAACGACGCGCUCAGCACAGUCUCGGCACCCAAAAUCGAGAGCCACGCAAAAGACUUUCAGGACACCAGUGGUGUGCAGCAGGUCGUGAUCAACGUCAGCGAUGACAACUUCGGCGAAAUCUUCCCCAAGGACCAUGUUGAGUUCGACAGGCUCAAGAACGUGAGAAAACGAUCUGCUGAGGAUGACGACGGCUAUGGUGACGAUCAUACUAAGAAGCAAAGGGGCCGAUCUGCUUCUCGAAAGCGUCGCUGA